AUGUCGAGUUGGGAGACAACUGCCCUUCGGCUGCAGGGCAAUGUGACCGCCGACUCAACACCAAGCUCUUUAGACAAGAGUCUACCACUACUACCAAAGAGAAGUGCAAAGGCUAGGACAACUACAGGCGUGACGGAGGUAUCUACGGGGGAGAAAAGCUCCAGCACGAAAGGAUGGAAACCGCUUUCGCUUUCGACGCCGAUGUUACUCGCUAUGAUCGCACUUACGAUUCUUCUCGCCGUCGCCGUUGAGACUUUAGCACAACGCAGUGCAGCACAAGGUGGUCUCGCUCUCUCGCCUUCUCUUGACGAUAUGCCCGGUAUGCUAUGGAGUUGGAUCGAUCUGGACGUUAAGCGGAUGCAGCCAUGGUUCGAAUUGUCGAAACAGGAGGGUGCCACAGCCGAGAACUCCCUUUUCCUGGACUACCAAUAUGAAUUUGUGGCUUUGGUUCCUUUCAAAGCAGCAAAGAGAAGACAUUGGCCUGUCUUCUUUGGGGGUACUGCCAUGGUUAUCGUCUUUUGGGCACUGACGCCCCUUCAGAGUGCUCUGCUAGGUACAGGGAUUGUAAAGCAGAUUGACAUGGCCACACUCCUCAACAGAUCUCAGCUUCUUCCUGUUGCUAAACAUGUCGAUAUCCUAGAUCCUGAAUUUCUCAACACCGGAUACGCUAUAGGCUGGCUUGGUCAACAGUUCCCUGCUUUCACUACUGCUGACUAUGCGCUACUCCCUUUCUAUGCGGACACAAGCCUCAAACUCGCUAAUGUCGGGAAAAAUACAGCAGUCUCGCCUAAUAUUACUGCAGAAACGACAAAGCUUUGGACCGAGUUGAACUGUUGGCCAGCAGAAAUCGCAAGAAUAGGCCUUAGGCAUCAAGAACAAUUCAGCUUUCUAAACGGACAGGGCUGCAAUGCAACUGCUGGCUUCGGAGCGAGGAACGAGACGAGGAUGUUCUACAUAGGCUACUUCACUAGCCCUUAUUCGGACUUUCAGAUUGCGAACCCGAGGUGUGGACGAACACCAGAUUCGAUCCAUCAGUUUCUAGCUAUAUGGGGCAAAGCUAUCCCAGUUGAUUGGGACCCUUCGCCUACUUUCAACAUCUCUGCCAUGUUCUGCCAGCCUCAGUACUUCAAACAGAGAGUUCUCGCAACAGUUAACGCAAAUACCUUGGAGCCAGACAGCAAGUCCAUCAAAGAAUUAGGUCCACGGGAAACACUUUCAGAUAAUGAAUUCAACAGGACUGCUUUUGAGUAUCUCUUGGCGAAUGGUAUGGCAGAGACCCCGAUUGUUAAGGAUUAUCCCUUCAAUGCUGUGGUUGAACAACACCCUCGAUUAAAUCACACCAAUAUCACGUUCCCUGUAUCGAACAUGGUUGGUUUUGCAUUGGCGGGCAAGGAUCUAGACAAAGACCAAUACGUACAUCACGAUGUGCUGCACAAAGCAUACAAUGAUGCUCACAAAUAUCUCUUCUCUGUGGCUACGACGACGAUUUUGAUGAACUCAACGAAAUUCUCCAACACUACCGUCUCGGUCGAGUAUUUCAUGACUGGGGUUAUAGUCAGUCGGGCUUUUGCGACGGCAGUCGAAUGCUUUCUACUUGUUGUGACAAUAUUCACAGCCUUUGUUUUAUGGUUUUCCCGGGCUGCGCCAAGUAACCUACCAGUAAACCCAUCCUCGAUAAGGCGAUACAUCGACUUCUUCGGCAGUAGCCCAGAAGCGCUCAGUGCAUUCAAACCAAUGGACCACACAAAUGAUGAGGGACUCUUCGAGGACUUCAAAAUGGACGGCUUUCAGUUAAUAUCCAGAAAUGACGGAGCGAACGUGGAAAUACUUCUGCACCCGAGAUUUCGAGCACCUGAAUCCUACGACAAGUCUAUUCAAAGAGGUUACUAUGACCCCGUCAAGCCACUGGCCCUCAAGAGAUGGGUCGGUCUUCUCUUUAUUCUUGCAUUGAUAGGUGCUAUGGCAUUUUUGUCUUAUUUGAAGCACCAGGAGUCUUCGCUAAAUGGUCUGAUCCGUCCUUCUGAUAAUUUCGAAGUUCGACAACUUUUGGAGAACUAUAUCCCAACAAUAUUCGCAACGCUCAUUGAACCUUUCUGGGUUUUGUUGAACAGACUGCUCUGCGUUCUUCAGCCGUUCAAGGAUCUAUGGGAAGGAAAAGCAAAGCCGAAGAACACGAUCGACGCAACGUAUACCUCAAUCCCGCCCCAGCUGGUCUUUUGGAGAGCCUUGAAAUCAAAGCAUCUUGUCCUCGUUCUUGUCUGUUCCAUGGCUCUACUUGCAAAUCUUUUGGCUGUUGGUCUCGGUUCCUUAUUUAACGAAAACAUAACGACAGCGAACUACACAGUUACAAUGUCUCCGACCUUUGCGGCCCGUUUUAAGAAUGAAUCGGUAUUCGAUCUAUCACGAGACUUGAAUAGAAACCUCAUCACGACAAGUUUAUACCAAGAUCACUUAUAUGUGGCAAUGGCCAAUCUGACUUCGGGGACAAUUCUUCCUCCUUGGAUCUCUCAAGAGUACUUUUUUCAGAAAUACCAAAUCCAGGAUUACAGUAUGAACAGGACAGGAGAUACAUAUACAGUCAGCGCAAGAGGCUAUGGUGCUGCCGCCAAUUGUACCACAGUACCAGCAUCCAAGUUGACUACUCAAUACGAAGUACCGGAGGAUUGGCCCACGGAAAUGACGAACCUCGGCCAAUGCACCACUGAUGCUCAGUUCGUCGCUGCAGCCGUACCGGUCAUCCGCUCAGCGGCAAAUAAUCGGUCUACCGGCAUUUCAUCUUUGGAGUAUAGUCUAACAGUCGACAGAACUUUCACAAGAGCGCCUUGCGGAAGAACUUUGCCUCUGGGCUGGGCUCGUACCCAAGAGGCAAAAUAUGUUAAUAGCACAGUCGAAGCCAGUUUUGUGAUUUGUCGUCCAAUAUUCGAAACUGCAAUGUUCAACGUUACAAUCGAUCCACUUGGUCAUGUCAUUUCUUAUGAGAGGACUAGUAACCUCACAACAACACUGAAUUACGAUGAGUCGGAACUUCAUACCGACAUAUUAUUCCAAACUUACAAUUCACGAUGGAAUCAAGAUCCUCAAUGGCACAACCAUACACUAUCGAUGAACUGGAUGAAUCAUCUCAUCAUGGUUGUCAAUGGUUCGAGAUCCGCAUUCGACCCAAGCGUUCCUGUCCCAGAUCCGAAGGAGUUGUUACCAGCCGUAUCCGACAUCUACCGUCGUGUUUACGCAAUCUUACUUGGUCUUAAUGACCACAUCUUCGAGACGAGCGACAGGGGCGAGCCGGUUUCUGCAGUUCGGCAUACGAAAGAAACGCGAAUAUUCAUGGAAGACGCAUCUUUCAUCAUCACCAUGACGGUCCUUGCUUUAAACACUGUUGUUGCCGGUUUGUUCUAUAUCAGAGCUGUUGCGUUUGUCUUGCCACGCAUGCCAACGACUCUUGGUGCAGUCGUUGCGUAUUUUGCACCGAGCCGUCUUGCGACUCUGGCUUACAAAGAUGCGCCAGGGCAAUCCUCUCGGACUCUGAGUUUUGGGAGAUAUAUUGGCAUGGAUGGAAACGUGCAUGUUGGCAUCGAAGCGGAUCCUCACGUCGUGCCCAUCGACCCUUCAUCACUUGGACCGCAAACAGAUUAUCUAAAAUUUCUUAGACGAAGAAGGAAAGGAAAUCCCAACAACCCGAAUCAUAGUGAGACAUGGAUAUGA